AUGGUUAAAAUGACUGAACUUUGCGAAAUGGAAUGUACCGUCUUGAAAAGGUUGCUGAAGGAAGACACUGGGAAAUGUCUGUUACUGGACUGCAGAUCGUUUCUAGCGUUCAGCGCCGGACACAUCCAAGGCUCGGUGAAUAUCCGAUGCAACACAAUCGUUCGAAGGAGAGCGAAGGGCUCUGUCAGUUUAGACCAAAUUCUGUCGGGUGACGAAGAGGUGAAAGCCCGACUGAAAUCCGGACUUUACUCUGCAGUUAUUUUGUACGACGAGAGGACACCGCAUGCGGAUAUGAUGAGAGACGACAGCACAAUUACUUUGGUUCUUAACGCACUGUACAGGGAUUCAUUUGGGAGUGAAAUCUAUCUACUGAAAGGAGGAUACGACAGAUUUGUCUCCGAGUACCCUGAAUUUUGCCUGAAAACCAAAUCGUUGUCAACUUCCACCUGCGACUCCAGUUUCGACAUCUCCGAUUCCAGCUGUUUAUCUUGCGUUACGCCACACCAUGACCAGGGGGGUCCAGUGGAGAUCCUGCCAUUUUUGUUCCUGGGCAGUGCCUAUCACGCUUCCAACAAGGACAUGCUGGAUGCCAUGGGGAUAUCAGCCCUACUGAACGUGUCCUCAAACUGUCCCAAUCACUUUGAAGGAAUAUACCAGUACAAGUGUAUCCCUGUAGAGGACAACCACAAAGAGGACAUUAGCUCCUGGUUCACUGACGCCAUUGAGUACAUUGACUCGGUGAAGCAUUCGGACGGGCGUGUGCUGGUGCACUGCCAGGCGGGCAUCUCGCGUUCAGCCACCAUCUGCCUGGCGUACCUGAUGAAGAGGAAGCGGGUGCCCCUGGAGGAGGCCUUUGAGUUUGUCAGGCAGCGGCGCAGCGUCAUCUCCCCCAACUUCAGCUUCAUGGGCCAGCUGCUGCAGUUCGAGUCGCAGGUGCUGGCCACGUCCUGCUCGGUGGAGGCCGUCAGCCCCUCAGCUGCCUGCGGCGCCCCGCCUUCCUCUGCUGCCGCUGCCACUUCGCCCUUCAUCUUCAGCUUCCCGGUGUCGGUGGUGACGCACGGGCAGCCCGGUGGCAUGGCCUACCUGCAGGGCCCCAUGGCCACCCUACCCAGCUGCUGA